GCCUUGCCUUCCGGUUGUGGGCGCCCCGCACUGCCACGGCCUCUGCCACCGCCUCCGCGGCUAUUUAAGAAGGCGCCCCCCGCCACCAUCCUACUCACCGCUCACCACCACCGCACCACCACGAGCUGAUCACCUGAGCUGAGCUGACCUGAGCCGCAGAUGGUUCCGCGGCCGCUGGAGGCUUAGCGUUGGCGAGGACAGGACGCGGAGGUGCCACAUGUUGAGUGCGCAGACGGCGGCUAGCAGCAGCAGCAGCGGAGGCGUCGAGCAGGAGAGGAGCGUCGUCGUCGAGCAGGAGAGGAGCGUCGUCGUCGAGGAGAGGCGGCGGACGGAGCCGGUGGGGGAGGAGGACGAGGAGGAGGAGGAGGAGGAGCCGGAGUUCAGGGACAUCCACGCGCUGAGCCCGCCGCCGAGCCAGCCGUCGUCGUACCGCAGGGGGCGCGGGGAGUCGUGGGGGUCCGCCGCGGGCGGGAGCAGGCACACGUCGAUCCGCUCCGUCGGGAGCGAGACCGCCCCCAGUGAGCCCUUCCCGACUAUGAGCAGGGAGUUCUCGGCCAUGGUCGCCGCAGCAGCCACCGCUAACGCCGCCAACGCCGCCGCCGCCAACGGGGCCGGGAGCGACACCGAGAGGGACGUCGACGUGAUGGGGAGGAUCGGGGAGGGCGACGAGCUGGAGGAGACGAACCCGCUGGCCAUCGUACCGGACAGCAACCCCAUCCCGUCGCCGCGCCGCCGGGGCCCGCCGACCCCGGGCGCGGACGGGGCGCUGGCUGCCAGCGGCGCCCAAGGCCACGGCCACGCCGGCGGCGGCGGCGAGGGCGGGGUGUCGGUCGGGCAGGUGAAGAAGGAGGAGGUGGAGUCCAAGAUCGCCGCGUGGCAGAUCGCCGAGGUGGCCAAGCUCAACAACCGCUUCAAGCGCGAGGAGGUCGUCAUCAACGGCUGGGAGGGCGACCAGGUCGAGAAGGCCAGCGCCUGGCUCAAGAAGUACGAGAGGAAGCUGGAGGAGAAGCGUGCCAAGGCGAUGGAGAAGGCGCAGAACGAGGUGGCCAAGGCGCGGCGGAAGGCGGAGGAGAAGCGCGCGUCGGCGGAGGCCAAGCGGGGCACCAAGGUGGCGCGCGUGCUGGAGCUCGCCAACUUCAUGAGGGCCGUGGGGAGGGCGCCCUCCACCAAGCGCUCCUUCUUCUGAAUCCCUUUCCCCACCCGGUAUCGUCUUCAGCAACUCCUCUGCCCUGACUGCCUGCCUGCUCGUCGUCGCCGGUGCACCUGUUUUGUUGGGUUGGAUCGUUCACCGCUUCACUCCACGGGAUCAGACAGAGUGAUCAGUGCCGUGCUAGCUGUGUGGAACGCUUGUUUUAGUGUUGUAUCCACAUGUAUGAUGAUUUGUAAUCUUAUUUCUCUUUUCUGUGUUUGAUAUGGUAUUGCAAAGUCGAUGGCCAGGACAGACAGGGAACAGUACACAUGUCAUAAGAAGGAUGUGCUCUGCCUGAGUCCUGAGGGCAAGAGCUGCCUGUAUUUUUCUUGGAUUUUUUUUUUCAUGAAGGAUCGUGUAUGUCAAUAUGAACAAGAUAUCAGGUGAAUUACCCCUGUGUAAAUUUUCUUA